CGCGUCAAGAAUGCAAAAAAGCAAACAAACUACUGCCCACCCCCUUAGGCCCCUUUCCCCAGUUGCCCCUCUAGUACGGUAGUCCAAUCCAGGCCCCUCGGACUUUUCAAAAUUCCCCACGUGGCAAACCAUCGUUCUCUAAGCGAGGUCCUGGUCUUUCGCAUCGUGCCAUCUCACCGGUGCCCGCUGCAGGGAGGUAAUCGACGAGAUAGACAUUCCAAUCAAUCUCCGACCAUUUCUUGCUUCCAAUCCAUCCCACCGCAAGUAAGCUUCGAGGAGGAUCUCAGCUAUGCCGGUCACACUUUCUUGACAACCUUCUUUCUGUCCCUAGGUCUCCAGGUACACCAUCUCUCUAGAUCUCGUUAUCGUAUGGCUAAAGGUUACUUAAGCCUCCUCCCUCGGGCCCAGGUCAAAGCGUCACGUCACCAGUGAGUGACCAAAGACUUUUGGGUGGGAAAAGGGUCUCAUGCGCUGGCGUCGUACACAAGCACGGUAAAGUCCAUGAGAUAUGUAGUGUGCCUCUCUUCACCCCAAUUUAUCCUAUACAUCAUUACAUUCCCCCAACAAUUAUGUGACGCGAGUAAGUCCCUUCAACGCAGGUGGAAAGAAAAUUGGUGACACCUUCACAAAGAAAGACGAGCUGGGCCAUUCCCCGAGAGCCCGUUCAUAAACUCCAACAUUAGUCAUCUUUUAGUCGGAAAGGUUACCAAGGUUUUGGAAAAACUAUCCCCUUCCAUUCCCCCUCGUCUCUAUCAAUAAACUAUAAAGAAGGUUUUCUCCCUCUAAAGAAUAAGUAUUGAGACGAUUCCCGACGGGUAAAAAAAAAAGGACGUAGUUAAAACUACCCGAAUGGGGGGGAGAAGUGGUUUAGCAAGGUUAACCUUCCCUCGCCUCUUCGCGCUCAAGAGGUUCGACCGACGUUUUGGCUUUCUCCCAUCUCAAAGCAGGCAAGAACCUAGUUACAACGAGCCCAAACAGCAGCAACUUUCGCAGAGCCGCUGACGGGCCCUUUCUUACCGAUCAAGUGGGAUGCUGCGUACGAGGCAAAACUAACCUUGAGCUGAGUUUCUGGGCAGCACGCGAGAACGAACUGAAUGUCGAGGAUGGAUGAUGAUUUCCUCGGCAGAACCUAAGUACAUAGCAUAUAGUAUCACGAAAAGCGAUCUCGGACGGAGGAGAGCGCGAACUCUCUAGGUAAUCACUCCUUUUCCCCUCUCCUUGUUGUGCAGUUGGUGCAACACGAUGCCGCCUUUUCUUGUAUGCCACGACCCGCGGGGGAGCCAAGAAAACCGACUGAUUCCAAGACAUGAACGGAUAGAAACCGACCCUUGAUUUGAAAGCACUGAGAAAAAGCCAAGGUUACCUGGAGGGAUGGUUCAGGCAAGUAAGUAGGCUGAAGCAUAUGCAAGCCAUGGCGGCGUUCGCUUCUUCUGUCCAUGGUUCACGGUUUCUUGGUUUCUGGGUCCUUGAGGUUUCCAGCGCCGAGUUAGCGCCGAUGUCAUGUUCAAGUGAGGCGUCGCGCAAGAGAGAUAAAAUGUUUCUGGUUAUUCUGCGGCUCUCUGGGUUCUCCUUGUAUUGUGCUCGUGUGCGUGUGUGGUGUGUGUUCGUGUGCGUUUCUGGACGCGGGAAAGCAACACAUUCAAAAAAGAUAGGCGGAAGUCAAUCGAGAAAAGAAGAGACAACCUUGCCCUAGGAUGCCCGGUGGCCCUUUUGGAGGAGUUUCGAAAGUUGGACAAAAGAGAAACGGACGGUGUUCGGGAACGAGUCUCGGGGAAUCCUUGCUUGGGGAGGCAAACGGGUUCGUGCAGCAGCAGCCUCCAUCGACAUGGCACGAUCUAGUCUCUGCCCACACUCAUUGAUUUAUUUACGUCGAGUUGGUUGCAUUCAGCCUCAACUGCGAGAGAAGGGGAAGACAAGAGAAAGAAAAAAACGGUGAAGACCUGCAACUGCAAGCGCCAAAAUCUGCGAGAGCCAUAUGAAUACCAUUCUACACAUACGCAUCAUGUCAGCGGUGGGAGCACGUGCAUCAUGCAACGGGAGAUGCGGCGAAGUAUUGAACUAAGAAGCUGGGACAUUGUUUGCUUGCCCUCGCGUAUGGUUUCUCAACCAGGGUGUGGGUGAUUUCGCACCAUGCUGUGCCACCAUGACAAGACAAUCUGAGGCUUCGAUGAGGCAGGACGGCCAACACUACCCACUGCCUUCCCCGUUCCCAACAUGCUAGCAAGAAAUACGAAGCUGCAGGAUGGUUGGAGCUGGAGAAGCUGGCAGCAAGAAAGAGUUGAUCAGGGCGAGACCGUCCGACGCGCUUGGGAGGGACAGCAGGCACCAGAUAUGGGAGACAACCCAAUAGCCUUUCUCAGCCCAUGGACUUCGGCAGUGACCCCCUCCCCUCCUUGGAUCUUCUUGUAUCGUGUUACACGACAUUGGCCAUCUAUCUCACUGGCAAUAUGUUGAAGCCGAACGAGCGGCUAGAGAGGAUGGGCAAUCGAGAUGGCGCUGCCGGGCGAUGCGGCGGGGUCAGAUUUCAUAUGGUCCUAGAUGUGUAGUGUUCCGUUGCGUUUCUUUGGUGAGUGUCAAGUGCUUAGUCACCACCUGCACAUAAAGGGUUAUCGAUUCGCGCCCGUGGCAUCGUGACUGGCAGAGUCUUCUUCCACGCGUGCCGUGUCUUGCUCACACUGGAGAGGGGAGGAGC